UAUCAUCUAUGGACUUGGAAAAAACAGUACUCAACAUUCUAACCGGCCGAUGGAUCGAUCCAAACAGAAAGCUAUUCCAGAAGUUGAUUCGUGAAGGCUAUAAAUAUGUUGAUAGACUCUCAGAUUAUUUAGAAGACAUUGGAAUUAUAUAUGUAGGUGAAUUUGAGCUGGAUCCCUUAGCCGACUUCUACCACCCAGCUCUAAUUCCGCCUUUAUCAAUCUUAGCGAGUAGAGCGGAUAUUUGUAAAAACUUUCCUAUUAGUGUAGAAUCUGCUGUUGUAGGAGGAAUGAGUUUAUUCAUCCUUGAAAAAAAUAAACGAUCUACUCUUCAGAAUCUAAUACAAAUGAACUAUUCCAGUGACAACUUAACUACGUUAAUAGGAAUAACUUGGGAGCAAGAAGAGACGAAAGCUUGGAGGGAUGACGUACUUAAAAAAUUCCUCCAUCACCCAAAUUUAGUACUUUCAAGAUAUAAACCGAAUGCAUUAUAUGACACAUUCACAAAAGCAGAUGUUUUAGAGUCAGAGCAUGUAUUAGCUUUGUCACAGCUACUCGGUUAA